AGGUGGGGAGGAGGAGGCAAGAGGAUGUGUGCACAAGCCGUCUGGCUUGGGCUGCAGCUCUUGGUGCUGAACAUAUGACCAGCCACGAGCAGAAGCCAGCCAUGGCCAGCCCAGGGCUGCAGCUCCUGCUCUUACUGAUGGCACUGCCACUGAUGCAGCCCUUCUCACUGCCCGGGCUAGACACUGCAGAGGGCAAGGCCACCAUUGCAGGCCCGGUCCUGUCUGCGCUGGAGAGAGCCACCUUCUUCCUAGAGGAGAGGCUACCCGAAAUCAACCUGGACUGCGCCGUGGGGUUCCAGGUGCUAAAAGUACAGCUACAAAGCGUCCAGGAGAAGUGGGCCCGGGACCCCUUGCUACAGCUGCUGAGCCUGCGCAUGGGGAAGCUGGCUGAGAAGCUGGAGGUGCUCCUGCAAAGAUCCAUUUUCUAUCUCAAGCUGAGUGACCCCAAGUAUCUACGAGAGUUCCAGCCAACCCUCCUGCCUGGGUUUUGGAAGCUACCUCGAGCCUGGACCCGCACCAACGCCUCCUUGGUCUACCCCACCUUUGAGCCCCAGGACUUCUUCUCCGAGGAGACUAGUGACUCUUGCCUGGCACAGCUGCUAGGAACUGGGGAGGACAGCAGCCAGCCCUGCGGGCUCUCAGACUUCUGCCGGGCCCUCAUGACCAAGCCCGGCUGCUCUGGCUACUACCUGUCCCACCAGCUGCUCUUCUUCCUCUGGGCCAGAAUGAUGGGGUGCACCAAGGGACUGUUUAGCCAGAGCCAGCACUAUAUCAACCUCUUCUGUGCCAACAUGAUGGACCUGAACCGCAGAGCCGAGGCCAUCGAAUAUGCCUACCCCACCCGGGACAUCUUCAUGGAAAACAUCAUGUUUUGUGGAUUGAGCGGCUUCUCUGACUUCUACAAACUCCGUUGGCUGGAGGCCAUUCUCAGCUGGCAGAAGGUUCGAGAAGGAUGCUUUGGGAAGCCUGAUGUUAAAGAUGAAGAACUAUCUAAAGCUAUUCAAUACCAACAGCAUUUUUUGAGACGAGUGAAGAGGCGAGAAAAACAAUUUACAGAUGGCUGCUCCACACACAACACAGCCGCAGCGGUCGCAGCCUUGGGUGGCUUCCUCUACAUCCUGGCAGAGUACCCUCCAACAAACAGAGCACCUCACUGGUCAACACUGUCACCACCAAGCAGCUACUGA